UUUUCAGAAGGCCAAAUGCAAUUUAAUAGGAACAAUGUCAGGAGGAGAGAUGACAAGGUCAGGAGAGCCCUUAUGCCUGAUGCAUACAGAAGGGAGGUAGACAGAAGGUCUAAUGACAAAAGAUUAAUGAAGGCUAUUAGAGACAGAGAGAAAUAAAUUCAAAGAAAUGAGGGAAAAAGAAAGCCAGUCUAAAGGCCCCUUGUUCAAGCUUAAAAAAUUUAAGAAUAAAACAUCUGUUCUGAAACCAGCAAUUAAGAAAAAUGAGCUUGAUGAAAUAAAUUGUUGAUAUACUAUUGCUGGACAUUAUAAUAACGCAGCUGAACAGGAGAGAGCAGUCUUGGAUAAAAUGGGGCCAAAUAAUCAACCUAAGAAUUCAAUUCUUUCACUCGCAGCUCGUAGUGUUAUAUCAAAGAGGGAUCGAGAGUUAAUGCAGGAAGAAAAUAAAAUGCUUGAAAAAUAUUAUCAGGAUUAUUAUAAAGACAAAGGAAGUAACAAAAGUAGAGGAAGUUCCACAGAGAGCAAGGGACAGAAAAACAUGUACUAUCCGAGAUCAAAUGUUCAUCAAAGCAUGUCUUCGAUCAAGAAAUAUCCUGAACAGGAACAGGUGCUCAGCCCUCCUCCACUGAAGGGCCAUAACUACACUCGUUCAGUAGAAAGCAUUCCAACAAAAUCCACAGAGAUGAGUGAAGAAGAUGUUAGAGGAACAAUAGCAAAGCUCGAAUUGAAGAAAAAAGAAGUGAAUGCUAUGAUAUCAAGACUCCCUCUAGGCAAUCGCUACAAAGCAAUUGAGGAAAGGGAAAAGAAGCUAUAUGAAGAACUUGACCAGAUAAGUGAAACCAUCCGCAAGUUAUACAACCACAAGGUUUUCCUAAUGACUUAGAUAACCCUC